UUUGUCGCUCCAACCGCCAACGCGGCCAGAACCAACAGCGACACCGAGAGAGCCACUGAGUAAGAAGCCGCGGCAGUCUGAUGAUCCUGACACGGCAAGCAUGUUCCGUCAAGUCAAGGCUGAUACAGGUCGGAUAUUGCACAUACUGGAAAAGCCACGAGAGGAAGACAGAAAACAGAAUGUGCCCUUCAACGAAGACCUGCUGAGAGCCGCACGGGGAGUGGAAGCACUCCAACAUGCUUCAGGACGGUACCUCGUUGCAGAUGAGAGCAAAAACCUGCUCUACUGUUCUGUGUGUGCGCCCGAAAACAGGGACCAGGAAGUGAGUAGCCGCGUACAAUCCGGCACGUUCCGGUACGAUUUCGGCCAGAAAUCGUCGUUUUCGUCAAGCGAAAACCUACCAACUCAUUUUCGCUUGAUGAAGCUGGCUGUGACCAGACAUUUGAAGUCCGCCGCUCAUGUCGCGAAAGUUGAGAAAGACCUCAAACAGUGCGAAGCGAACAAAGCGAAAGAGAAAAAAGCGAAGAGUGCAGAAAUGAACGUGCUGCGUUCCGCUUACCUCGUCUUCAAGGAGUCCGGCUCUGGCGAGACGUUUUCAAAAUGGAUCGUUUGCCAGAGCAUGAACGGGACAGAUGUGGGGAACAUAAAUCACUCCAAAAAGUUGCUGCCACAGGCCAGGCAAGCCUUCUACGAAGCAAUAAUGAGCAAGCUGAAAGAUCACGUGUCCGGACAGCCCUGCGUGUCUGUCUUGGCAGACAAGGUGACCAUCAAUCGGAGGACGGUCGACGUUGUGGCCAUCCUGACUGUUGUGCCCGAGGCUCCAGCGAGCAGCAUGCUGCAGAGCUAUGUGGUGGCAGCGCCGGUGGUAAAACUGCACGAUGGCGCUAGCCUCGCCAAGGAGAUCCAGGAGGCCCUGGCCACAAUCGGAGUGACAAAAACUGAGCAACUGGCAGCUAUCGCUGCAGACGGGCAGUACCACCGGCUAGGCGUGCCUGAAAAGCUGUUGAGCAGCAUGCGUGCUGAAGGACAGGAAAGAUCAGGGCCGGCAUGUGUAGCGGCUAUUUGGGACAGUGCACACCUAAUGAAUCUUGCUGAAGCUGACGCAAGGAAGGAACACCUGUGGGUCCAAGAGACGAUAAAAGUGAUAACUGAAAUAUCAAAAAGGUUCACCUACGGCAAAGGACUGGAGGAGCUGAUGGAUACGGGCAAACAGAUGGGCAUCAGGACAAAGAGACCAAAACUGUGGUCGGGAACCAGAUUCGCUCCGCACGCCGCUACAGUGCUCGGUGCGUUCCUGCACAACUGGGAACCAAUGAAGGCCGUUCUCAGGGAGCGCCUUCAGACCGAGACGAGGAAGGAGUACGCUGCAGAGAUACUUGGAGAUCUCAAGAAACUGAAAGACGAUGACUUCAAGGCCCGUGUAGCCGCACUCAAGGACGUGUACGACAUCCUCGGGCGCGGCAGUCGGGAGGUCCAGCGAGUGCAGAGUUUGCCGUGGGAGUCGCGAAGAGGCUACAGAAGCACCGUAGCCAGCGUGAAGUGUGUACGGACAGCCGUAGAGGCAUUCUCGGCGUCCGCUCGCACUGCAACGGAGGCAGCAGAUGCGGUGGCCCACGCUGACCUGGACGAGCUCUGCCCCACGCUGUCGCGUCACAAGGCCGCUCUCCGCAAGGGCUCUGUGGCCACGGACGUCGUCGGCUUUGGUUUGGCACUGGAGACGGCUCUGAAGACGAGGAGCCACGGAACCGUGUCCUCAGGUGGUCAGAGGGGAACGUCCAACAAAGACGUCAUGGACGCAAUGUGCGACAUCAGAGACGUGGCCGACCUGCAGAGGCUCCAGACCGGUAAGGCCCUCGCCAGUGGUGUGGCAGACGCCAGCCGGCGUCUGAUCAUACGGAGGCUGAUCCCGCCCUCUGCGGAGGUGUCGGCUAAAAGUGCCGAGGCAGCCAUCAGACUCCUCGGUGAAGCAUCGCAGAGUCUCGGCAACGCCGAGCUCCUCAGACUGCUUUGGAGUCGGCGAUCGUCCAAUGCAGAGGUGCAGCAGUACCUGGAAACCUGCAUUCGACUCUGGCUACUCUCUCCACCAGAGAGCGUGGUGGAGAGUAUGGCCAGUGUGCUUGGUGAGGUGUUUGGCGCGCACCGUAAUUUAGAUCACGAGAACGCUGCCAAAGAACUGGUCAUCAGGUGGAACGGCCCAGACCUGGCACACUCUAACUCUGUGGUAGCGUCAGCUGCUGCGUCACUCAGGAAAAAGUUCCGCACCACAUCGGACAGCAGCCGCCUGAAGACUGCUCUCGGCGCUGUCAUCGCUGGACGAAUGGCGAAACAGUGCCCUCGCGCCUCCGUGUUUAAGUGAAUAGCUAUGACUUCUGAUAUGUGCUGGGUAGCCGGUAAUGAUGCAAAUCAGGCGAGCUUGGGUGCCGAUCAUACUGAGGAUUUUUGGACGCCACUGGACGACGCGAACACCCUGAAAGAGCGAGCCAGACUUAGAUGCAACUAUGUUAUUUGGUUGACAGUGAUGGUAGCAACACUAUGUCGUGAGUACCCCGUCCAAAUUCAUUCAUUUGGGAGGCGGUGAGUGAAAGACGCCAUUUGUUUUUGUAUUGUUUUGUACAUAUUGUUUACCAUCGUGAGGCUAAACCAUCAGUGAGGUUCUCACAUUGCGUGUUUUAACAAAAUAGAAUUGAAUGUGUGGAAAGACUAGCUGAGUUUAUACUUCGCAAAUAGCUUUGGACGUGCGUCUGUUCGACUGUCAUUGAAUGCUUUUGAUGUGAGUAGAGCCGACUAAACUGCACAUGCAAACAUACGACGCGUUUCUCUAGUUGAGAUUGUGCUAUUUUCCUGCCAAUGGAACAAAAAGCACGUUAUGGUAAAUUUUCCUUCGCCUAGGAAAAUGUGACACAUUUCGAGCUGUCUGAAUUCCGUU